AUGGACGCGGAUGCUGGCAGAAGGGCUGCCGAGGUCAUAGAUCGCUCCGGCCGCUUGGUCGUGUAUCGGGCAUGGCAAGGCUCCGCAACCCAGAAAGCCAACAGUGUUCUUAUGGCGGCAGCGGAAUAUUUGAGGAAGACUGGCAUCAACCCGACAUACACUGCGUCCAAACGCGGCACGUUUGCGCAAUACUAUUUCACACUCCAUAAGGACAAUCAGCCGAGGCCACGGCUCUCAAAGUACCUCUGCGACCAUGUUGAUGUCGCUCACGAGCUUGCCCAACUGUUGGCGCCUGUCAUCCGGCUGGUUGCUGGCGUCUUUCGUCGAAUUUUCCCCCAGCUCCACGAGUAUUACGCACAAACUCUUGACUACGCACUUCGCGGCGAUGCACAUAUAGAGGCUCUUUUCCAUCCCUUCGCGUCCUUUGCUCUCAACGUUGGAGACGUAGUCUGUGAAAGACACCUCGAUUGUACCAAUCUGGGCCCCGGGCUCUGUUGCAUUGUCCCAUUCGGACAGUUUGACCCGGCGGCGGAUUGUCGCGUUGGCCUUGCAGAUCUGGAUUGCGAGGUCGAGGUCGGUCCUGGCGUGCCCCUACUGAUACCAUCAGCCGCGUUCACUCACUAUAACACUCCUCUGGUGACAGAAGGGGCACGGCGUGGCUCCGCUGUCUUUUGGACCGGCGGCACCAUGUUUCAAUACCGGGAGCUCGAUGGACGCAUGGUGUCAGAGCUCACAUCAGCUGAGAGGGAUCAGUACCAUCUAGGCCGUGUUUCCCGCAUCGCAGCUGGGAUCGCACGUUUUCCCGAGCGUAAUAUCUGA